UUUUUCUCGAGAUUAACCUUGUCCAUUGCCUUUCCUUAAACCCAACCUGGUUUCCCUAAACCUAAAGGACCAAAGCACUGGUUCUGUGUUUCUAACCCAAUUCCUCAAUCUGAAAUGAUGGUGUGUUGAGGAGCUGAGGGAGAAGUAGAGAGGGAGAGAGAUAAAGGGAUAUGGAGAUAGAGUUGGAGCCGAGGGUGAAGACCCUGUCCUACAAAAUCAAGGCCUCCUCCCGGGAAUCCCCCUCCCAGAAGGCCAUUCACGUCCUCGACACUGACCUUCGAACUCACUGGUCCACUUCCACCAACACCAAGGAGUGGAUCCUCCUCGAGCUCGACGAACCUUGCCUACUAUCACACAUACGGAUAUAUAAUAAGUCUGUUCUUGAAUGGGAAAUUGCAGUUGGCUUGCGGUACAAGCCAGAGACAUUUGUAAAAGUUCGCCCACGCUGUGAAGCCCCUCGACGUGACAUGAUCUACCCUGUGAAUUACACUCCAUGCCGCUAUGUGCGAAUAUCUUGUUUGCGGGGAAAUCCCAUAUCUAUUUUCUUCAUUCAGCUAAUAGGAAUUUCAGUGACUGGCCUUGAACCGGAGUUUCAACCUGUUGUUAGUCAUUUGCUGCCACAAAUUAUUUCAAACAAACAAGAUGCUAAUGAUAUGCAUCUUCAGUUGCUUCAAGAUAUAACAAAUCGGUUGCUUGUGUUCCUUCCCCAACUUGAGGGAGAUCUUACCAGUUUUCCGGAUGCUCCAGAGCCUAGUAUACGUUUCCUUGCUAUGCUUGCUGGUCCAUUUUAUCCGAUUCUGCACAUUGCGAAUGAAAGAGAAACUGCGAGGGCUUUGGGCAAUAUUUCAGACUCUGAAGCAUCUAAGAACUGUCAACCAACAUCGGCUUUAACUGUUUCCUCUAAUUUUGAGCCUAGAAGAUCACGUAGCACAUCACCUUUUGUCUUACCCACAUCCAGUGCUGUAGUGUUUCGUCCAGAUGCGAUUUUUGUCCUGCUGAGAAAGGCAUAUAAGGAUUCAGAUCUGGGAACUGUUUGUAGAAUGGCUUCUAGAAUUCUGCAGAAGCUCACAGAGCCUGCAGCAGUACCAGAAGCAUCAAUACCCUCCACUGAAAUCACAUCUUCUGUUUUGGAUGAGACACCAAAAACUGAAUUAUCUAAUCUUGUCCUUUUAGUUGAUUACUCAAACUUGUUUGGAGAAGAUUUUCAGAUACCUGAUGAUCACUGGGACUUGAGCUAUCUUAAUAUCUUGGAUAUAGGGGCAGUUGAAGAAGGGAUUUUACAUGUUCUUUUUGCUUGUGCAGCUCAGCCUCACUUGUGCAGUAAAUUGGCAGAUGAUACUUCUGACUUUUGGUCUACGCUACCGCUUGUACAAGCAUUGCUGCCAGCACUUCGUCCCUCUGUGAUCAGUCCUCCAGAUCUCAUUGAUUAUAAUUUUUCUCAAUGGAAACAACCUUUUGUGCAGCAAGCCCUGUCUCAGAUAGUAGCAACGUCAUCUUCAGCAUUGUACCAUUCACUUCUGCAUGCCUGUGCUGGCUAUUUAUCGUCAUUUUCCCCAUCACAUGCAAAGGCUGCAUGUGUCCUGAUUGAUCUAUGUGCUAGCGCACUAGCACCCUGGUUGACUCAGGUGAUUGCAAAGGUUGAUCUAGCUGUGGAGCUUUUGGAAGACCUUUUAGGCACAAUCCAGGGUGCUCGCCAUUCCUUGGCUCAUGCUCGUGCUGCCAUCAAAUAUAUUGUGCUGGCUCUGUCUGGACAUAUGGAUGACAUAUUAGCAAGAUAUAAAGAAGCAAAGCAUAAAAUUCUCUUUCUUCUGGAGAUGUUGGAGCCUUUUCUUGAUCCUGCUUUAACUGCCUUGAAGAAUACAAUAGCCUUUGGGGAUGUAGCUCAAAUUUUUAUGGAAAAGCAGGAAUACGCAUGUACGGUUGCCCUCAAUGUCAUUCGUAUGGCAGUACGAAAGCCUUCUGUUCUUCCUUCAUUGGAAUCUGAGUGGAGGCGUGGAACAGUUGCUCCUAGUGUACUUCUCUCAAUCUUGGAUCCUCACAUGCAGUUACCUCCUGAAAUUGACCUUUGCAAGUUUCCUAUUUCUAAAACCCAGGAGCAAGAAUCUUUGAAAUCCAAUAGCCAAGAUGAUUCUGAUGGAAAGAUUGAUGUUUCUGAUGUAGCUAUGAAGAUGGAUACUUUUGAAGAUGUCAGUCUUUUUUUUGCCCCCACAGAACUAAAAAGCAUUGCACUGACAAAUGUUUCUAGCAGUCUGAAUAAAAAUAUCUCUGAGUCUAGCCCUGGUGAUGGUACCACAGAAGAGAAACAUGUGACUGAGAAAAAUUUGACUAAGAUAUGUCAGAAUAGCUUACUAUUGGAUGCUGCGUUCCCUGUUGAAUAUGUUAACUUGCAAGCAGAUUAUAUGCAACUUAUGAAUUAUCGGGAUUGUGAGCUUAGAGCCUCGGAGUUUCGACGUUUGGCUUUAGAUUUACACUCUCAGCACGAGAUUAGUCCUGAGGGUCAUGAUGCUGCUAUAGAUGCUUUGCUCUUAGCAGCAGAGUGCUAUGUCAAUCCGUUUAUGUCAUCUUUUAGGGCCAGUUCAAAGGUUAUCAAUCAGAGCACUGGAACCAGAAUUCCACAAAACUGUGACAUUUCAGAGCUAAGAAAGGUUUUUGAGAAGAACUCCAGUGACUUGGAAAAAGUGACUCAUCUUGAGAACAAAAGAGACAAAGUUGUUCUUCAGAUACUGCUUGAGGCUGCUAAAUUAGACAGGAAGUAUAAGAAGAAGAUGUCAGAUGAGGAACAUUAUCUAUACUAUCCUGAGGAACAUGAUGAUCAGGUCAUAAAUUUGUCUUUGCUUGAUAUAGAAUCUGCCGAUGCCGUUACCUUGGUUCGGCAGAAUCAAGCUUUACUUUGCAAUUUCUUGAUUCAGCGAUUGCGAAGGGAGCAACACUCGAUGCAUGAAAUUCUGAUGCAAAGUACUCUGUUCUUGUUGCACUCAGCGACUAAGCUAUUCUGCCCUCCUGAACAUGUCAUUGAUAUCAUAUUAGGAUCUGCUGAAUAUCUUAAUGGGGUGCUAACGUCUUUUUAUUAUCAGUUAAAAGAAGGUAAUUUGCGGUUGGAUCCAGAAAAGUUAUAUGGGGUACAGCGCCGCUGGCUGCUUCUUCAAAAGUUGGUAAUUGCUUCAAGCGGUGGUGAUGAAGAGCUGGACUUUGCCAAUAAUACUAACAAUUGUUUUCAAUAUAGGAAUUUGAUUCCACCUUCAGCCUGGAUGCUGAGAAUACCUACAUUUUCUACAUCUCCUUCUCCCCUUUUACGGUUUCUGGGUUGGAUGGCAGUAUCUCGUAAUGCCAAACAGUAUAUGAGGGAGCGACUUUUCCUUGCUUCAGAUUUGCCACAGCUGACAAAUUUACUAUCAAUUUUUGCUGAUGAACUUGCACUGGUGGACAAUGUUGUCAAGCAAAAUGAUGAUGCUGUGAAGAUUCAACAAUCAGGUGUCAGAGAAGAACCUCAGACCAUUAAAGGGUUUGAAAAUACUGGUCAACCAGAUGGUGACAAAUCUUUUCAAGUCAUCUAUCCUGAUCUCAGCAAGUUUUUCCCUAAUAUGAAAAAACAAUUUGAAGCUUUUGGAGAAAUUAUUUUGGAGGCUGUUGGAUUGCAGUUGAGAUCUCUUUCUUAUAGUGUUGUGCCCGAUAUAUUGUGUUGGUUUUCUGAUUUGUGUUCAUGGCCAUUUCUUCAAAAGGACCAGCUUUCUACACGAAAGCAUUUGGAUCAAUUGAAAGGCUAUGUAGCAAAGAAUGCCAAAGCAAUCAUUCUAUACAUACUUGAAGCCAUUGUGACUGAGCACAUGGAAGCAAUGGUGCCUGAGAUACCUAGAGUGGUUCAAGUGCUGGUGUCACUGUGUAAAACAUCAUACUGCGAUGUGUCAUUUCUUGACUCUAUAUUGCAUUUGUUGAAGCCAAUCAUCUCAUAUUCUUUGAGUAAGGUGUCUGAUGAAGAAAAACUAUUGAUUGAUGACUUAUGUCUUAAUUUUGAAUCGUUAUGCUUUGAUGAGCUUUUCAACAAUAUUAGACACAAAAAUGAUAAUCGAGAUAGUCCUACAGAAACAGUGCACAGCAGAGCACUGACAAUUUUUAUUUUGGCUUCUGUCUUUCCUGAUUUAUCUUUUCAACGUAAAAGGGAAAUUUUAGAGUCCUUGAUCCUGUGGGCUGAUUUUGCUGUUUAUGAACCAAGUUCUUCUUUCCAUAACUACCUCUGUGCAUUUCGGUGUGUUAUGGAAAGCUGUAAAGUUUUGUUAGUUCGAACUUUAAGAGUCUUUGGGAUUAUUCCGCUUCAGAUGACUUCCUUUUCUGAUGUGAGCACUGGUACACCUUGUGAUGGUUGCUCAAAAUCAUAUUCAUGGUUUCUUAAUGAUGUUUGCCAUGACUCUUGUCCAAUGGGGGAUACUGAGAAUCUAGAAAGUGACAAGUCUGAUGCUGUUAGCUUGGGUCAAAAGGUCUAUCAUUUAUCUGCUGAGGAAAUAACAAAUUUUGCUCAAGACUUAGAAGGGCUUAUUUGCAAGCUUAGUCCAACUGUUGAACUCUGUUGGAAGCUCCAUCCCCAGCUAGCAAAGAAGCUGACUGUUACAUCAGCACAGUGCUUUAUGUACUCAAGGUGCUUAUCUUCAUUUGUGAAAAGGGUUGAUAAUGCUAGAGAGGAUGACAAUGAAAAUGUUUUUCCACCGAACUCAGUUGACCAGUUCUUAAUUCAUUCAAGGAUUGGUCUUGAAGGGCUUUCUGGAAUCAUUAUGAUGCUCCAAGAAAACCAUUGCUGGGAAGUUGCAUCUAUGAUACUUGAUUGUCUACUAGGAGUGCCUAAAUGUUUUUCCCUGGAUGAUGUCAUUGGUACUAUUUGUUCUGCAAUCAGGAAUUUCUCUUGUAGUGCACCAAAAAUUUCUUGGCGGUUGCAGACGGAUAAAUGGUUGUCAAUCUUAUUCUCUAGAGGUGCAUAUAGGCUUCAUGAAAGUGAGCUUCCUCUAGUUGGCCUGUUCUGUUCAAUGCUGAGUCAUCCUGAACCUGAGCAACGGUUUAUUUCACUUCAGCAUUUGGGGAGAUUUGUAGGCCAAGAUUUGAAUGGUGAAGGAAUGAUAUUAUCUCCUACAUUUUGCAAUAAAUUAGUUUCAACUGGCUCAGUAAUUUCUGUUUCUGAGCCAAUUACAUCUCUUCUAGUUUCACGUACAUGGGAUCAGGUGGUUGUGCUGGCGUCAUCUGAUACAUCAUUGCAUCUAAAGGCCCGUGCAAUGGCACUUAUUGUUGAUUAUAUUCCAUUGGCUGAGCGACACCAGUUACAAUCUUUUCUUGCAGCAGCUGAUAAUGUUCUUUAUGGUUUGGGAAAACUUGGGCAUCCGACAUGUGAAGGUCCAUUAGUUCAACUUUCUUUAGCACUCAUUGCUGCCGCUUGCCUGUAUUCUCCGGCUGAAGACAUUUCUCUGAUUCCUCAAGAUGUUUGGAGAAACAUUGAGGCUUUAGGAAUGUCGAGAACUGGUGGACUUGGGGAUCUAGAGAAAAAGGCUUGCCAAGCCUUGUGUAGGCUAAGAAACGAAGGAGAUGAUGCUAAAGAGGUCCUAAAAGAGGUGCUCUCUUCAACUUCUUCAAGACAACCAGACCCUAAUUUUGGAAGUACUCGUCAAUCGAUUCUUCAGGUACUUGCCAAUCUAGCUUCAGUUCAGUCGUACUUCGAUAUAUUCUCAAAGAAAAUUGACCAAGAGAUUAUGGAAUUGGAGGAGGCUGAAAUAGAAAUGGACAUUCUUCAGAAGGAACAUGCACUACAGGAGUCACCUAAAGAUUCCAAGGAGCAUCAGCUUCCUUGUCUAGACACUUCUACGAAGGAUGGUAACCGUCUCCAGCAAAUAAAGGAUUGCAUCCGUUCCUUUGAGAAGUCCAAACUCAGAGAAGAAAUAGUAGCCCGCAGGCAAAAGAAACUUCUUGUGAGACAUGCUCGUCAAAAAUACUUAGAAGAGGCAGCUUUAAGAGAAGCAGAACUUCUGCAAGAACUUGAUAGAGAGAGGACUACUGAAGCAGAAAGGGAGAUUGAGAGACAGCGGUUGCUGGAAGCUGAGCGUGCAAAAACCAGAGACCUGCGCCACAAUCUUGAUAUGGAGAAGGAAAAGCAAACACAGAGAGAACUUCAGCGGGAACUAGAGCAAGCAGAAUUGGGAGUCCGACCAUCACGACGUGAAUUUUCUUCCUCAGCUCAUAGUGGUCGGCCAAGAGAAAGGUAUCGGGAGAGGGAAAAUGGAAGAUUAGGUAAUGAAGGAAGCUUAAGAUCAAAUACUGGCAACUUGCAGUCUGAAAUUUCUGCCACUGGUUCAUCCAUGGGAGCCAUGCCAACCGUUGUUCUGUCUGGAUCUCGUCCAUUUUCAGGCCAGCCACCAACUAUCCUACAACCCCGUGACCGUCCAGAUGAAGGUGGAAGCAGCUACGAAGAGAACUUCGAUGGAAGCAAGGACUCUGGUGACACUGGCAGCAUUGGAGACCCAGAGCUGGUGUCAGCAUUUGACAGUCUGUCUGGUGGGUUUGGGUCCAGCCAAAGGCCUAGAGGGAGCAAGUCUAGGCAGAUAAUGGAGCGUAAAGAACGGGAAAGCAGACGCGAAGGGAAGUGGGAGAGGAAGCAUUCAUGACCAAUGGUGCCGUAGAAAUGAGAUACCAAGGUAGCAAGGUUAGGAGAAAGUCUGUACAUAUGUUGAAGAUAUGCAAUGUUGGAGGUAGCCGAAAGAAGAUAAGGGAUGUGGGCUCAAGGAUAGGGCGUUUUCAGUGAAGUGAAGAUGGAUGUGAAAAAAAUGGCGUGGUUAUCCUCUUGAUACAAGUGUUUUUCUUCUUGUCUGGAAGUGUUUUGUUGUUGUAGUUUCCACACCAAGUGAAAAUGAACAUGGAUGGGAAUAUUUUCAAAUCUUUAGAGCGGUGGCUAAUAACAAACUUUAAUUUAGGUGAAGGAAAACAUUUUGGCUA